UGUACCAUCAUGCAGCGCGGCGGCUUCUUCCAGAGAGCAGAGAUGGCGGCCGGUUAGAGCUACACGUAAACACCGCAUUUCCACUGAGCCGGACUCCCCGAACCGCCGAGGGGCAGCCAGCCUCACGCACCGCCGCAGACACGCGGGAGACCCCCGGCGGACUCUUCACGUCAUCUCCGGUCAAAUCUAACGGAUUUACAAACACUACUUCCAAACAAAAACAUUAAAACAUGGACGAACACCCCGGAGGAGGAGGCGCAGGAGGAGGAGGAGGAGGAGGAGGAGCGGCGGCCGCCCCGCGACAGCCGCCUUCCCCCCAGCAGCACCAGCAGGGCAGCAGCAGCGGCGGCGGCGGCGGCGGCCCCCCUAUCGGAGCGGUCAUGGUCCCGCAGCAGAACGAAGACUUCCCGCGGCCGCAUCAGCAGUACACCAUUCCCGGGAUCCUGCACUACAUUCAACACGAGUGGGCCCGGUUCGAGAUCGAGAGGGCACACUGGGAAGUGGAGCGGGCCGAACUCCAGGCCAGGAUAGCAUUCCUGCAGGGGGAGAGGAAGGGCCAGGAAAACCUGAAAAACGACCUGGUUAGAAGAAUUAAAAUGUUAGAAUAUGCUUUAAAGCAGGAAAGAGCAAAAUACCACAAGUUAAAAUAUGGAACCGAGUUAAACCAAGGAGAAAUGAAGAUGCCAAUCUUUGAAUCAGACACCAAAGAGUCAGAGGUCUCUGCUGUCCCCGCUAACAGUCAGCUUAUGUGGAAACAAGGACGGCAGCUCCUCCGGCAAUACCUUCAGGAAGUUGGAUACACAGACACCAUCUUGGAUGUUCGCACUCAGAGGGUUCGCUCUCUGCUCGGCCUGUCGGGUUCUGAGCAGAACGGCUCAGUGGAGAAUAAGAACUUGCAGCACCUGAUCAAUGGAACAGAGCGUUGUAAAGACUCCAAGAGGAUUCCAAAUGACAAUCUGGAGACAUUCAACUUCCUUGAAAACGCAGAGGACAGUGAUGAGGAGGAUGAUGAGGAAGGAGACCUGAUGGAUGACAUCAGCUCUGAUAAACAACACAGGACUAAAAAGCACAAGGCUAAUAUAGGGAACGAGGGCUUGGCAUCAGAGGAUGACGCUGACACAGAGGAAGCCCUAAAGGAGUUUGACUUCUUGGUGACUGCAGAGGAUGGAGAGGGAGCAGGGGAAGCUCGCAGCUCUGGAGAUGGAACGGAAUGGGCGGAGCCUCUACCUUUCCCCUCUGGGGGGGGAAAGUCCUUCUUAUUGGGGGGUUCAGACGAUGUACUGGAAAGCGUGUUGGGUUUGGGGGACCUAGCCGACCUCACCGUCACCAAUGAUGAAACAGACUUCGGCUAUGAUCUGUCCUCCACUAAAGAGUCCACAUUCAGGAAAACUUGGAACCCCAAGUACACGUUGCGGAGCCACUUUGAUGGAGUCCGAGCGCUGGCGUUUCACCCAGUCGAGCCCUGCCUAGUCACCGUGUCCGAGGACCACACCCUGAAACUAUGGAACCUCACAAAGACCGUCCCAGCCAAAAAAAGUGCCUCAUUUGAUGUGGAACCCAUCUACACAUUCAGGGGUCACGUCGGCCCAGUUGUGUCGUUGGCGAUGACAUCCAGUGGUGAACAGUGUUUCAGUGGCGGCAUUGACUCGACCAUCCAGUGGUGGAACAUCCCCAGCUCUAAUGUCGAUCCCUAUGACACCUAUGAUCCCAGCAUCCUGGCAGGAUCGUUGUUAGGACACACGGACGCUGUGUGGGGGCUGGCUUACAGCGGCAUCAAGAACCGACUCCUGUCCUGCUCCGCCGACGGGACGGUCAAACUAUGGAAUCCUGUGGAGAAGGAACCCUGCAUCAGCACUUUCAACACCAACAAUGAGUACGGAAUCCCCACAUCUGUGGAUUUCAACGGCUGUGACCCCGCCCACAUGGUGGUGUCCUAUAAUAAUGGAGAUGUGGCGAUAUAUGACCUGGAGACUUCCCAGACUGCACUGGUGCUGAAGGGUCAAGGAGACAGCACCAUUCCAUGUUUGAAUCAUAUCAAUAAAGUGGUGAGUCAUCCCACGCUGCCGGUCACCAUCACCGCUCACGAGGAUCGGCACAUCAAAUUCUUUGAUAACAAGUCAGGUAAAGUGAUCCAUGCCAUGGUGGCUCACCUGGAUGCAGUGACCAGUCUGGCUGUAGAUCCUAAUGGGAUCUACCUGAUUUCUGGCAGUCAUGACUGCUCACUCAGACUCUGGAACCUGGACAGUAAAACGUGCGUACAGGAGAUCACAGCUCACCGUAAGAAGAGCGAGGAGGCCAUCUACGAUGUGACCUUCCACCCGUCCAAGGCCUACAUCGCCUCUGCUGGAGCCGACGCCCUGGCCAGGGUCUAUGUGUAGAAGGAAAGUAGAGGAGGAAAAGAGAAGCAGAGGACUGCAGGGUCAGAGUAAGGCCGGUCUGGAGACACGGCCAGGAUGCAGGUCUGUUCAGCCUUCUGGACACAGAGUACACAUCCACAUGAAGGGAGCUGCAGUAGAAGGCUGAAAAAUCCCCAAAACACACGCAGACGAUUACACAGCUGGGCCGCACCGUUCCCUUCUAGUGACUGAAACACGUCUCAGCAGGCCCAACAGCGGACUGACCACGGUUUGCCCGUCCUCGGCAUAUUUAACUCUAGUGCAAUCUGCAUAUCCAGAUGUAGGAAAGUUAAAGGAAAAAUCCCCCUAAAAGCAGCUCGGCUGGUUGGAAUUCCUGCUGUCUGUUGACAGCAGUGAUUCCGCUCCUCCCCAUUCACUCUUUGGCUCAUUCUUCUCCAUCACAGUCAGCGCUUCAUUUGUCCUGCGAUCAAACAUUGCACACGGCGUUAUGGGAUGUUUAGGUGUUGUAUUUGUCAUUUUCACUACAUUCGUGUGUUCUGGUUUUAAAGGAUUCAUUCACAGAAAGGCAGUCAGUUAAUGUAGUUUAAGAUGUUCAACAGUGAGCAGUAUUUUUGUCAAUAUUUCAACAACUGUUUUCAAGUGUUAAUGAUGGAUCCCUUAAAUGUUUAUAUUGUUACUGUUACAGCACCAGUGGCUGCAGCUAGAGUUCUGUAGUCAACGGGACCUUUUUGGUCCUCUAAGCUUUCUGUAAUUACAAAAUAUACUUUUACUUGGAAAGAUAAAGUCUGAAGUGAUAACCGUAA